AUGAGUUUAGAAGAACCCAACUUGGAACUGACGAUGGAGAGCAGGAACAGCCACAACGGAAGCAGAGACAGGCUUGGACUGAGCUUCACUAUUGACUACCUUCUGUUCAAUAGCGGAGUCAAAGGUUCGAAAGGAGAAGUGACGGCAAGUAGCGCGACGGAGCAGACGGAGAACAAUAUGCUAAAUGACCAGAAUCCUGAACGAAAAGAGGUGGAGAUUCGUCGCAAUGUACAGGGGACGCUCCCACAGGAUCCAGACCUAGACACUGGAAAAAGUAAAACCAGCGAAGAGGAGUGGAACAAAGAACAACAUGAGGAGGGAAAGGAGGAAAUGACUACCACAAGCUGUAGUUCUGACAAAUCUUCAGACAAACCAAACCAGUCGUACAUUGCGCUCAUUUCAAAGGCAAUUCUGGCGUCUGAGGAAAAGAAAUUGCUGUUGUGUGACAUCUACCAGUGGAUCAUGGACCACUAUCCUUACUUCAAGAGUAAGGAUAAAAACUGGAGAAACAGCGUGCGCCACAACUUGUCCCUCAAUGAUUGCUUCAUCAAAGCAGGUCGAAGCGACAAUGGCAAAGGCCACUUCUGGGCGAUUCACCCUGCAAACUACCAAGAUUUUUCAAAAGGCGACUACCAUUGCCGGAGGGCACGGAGAAGGGUGCGCAGGGUGGCAGCUCAGAUUCGUCUUUCCUCCCUAACGUCCCCCUACUACCCUGCCGCCACUCUUACCCUCCCUCACAGAACGACCUGUUGGUGCUGCCCUCAGGUCCCGACACUUCCUCUGUCCUGUUUGGCUCCCAGGCUCUACUGGCCAUGGUCCAGCAUGCACCCGCAAGUGGGUCUCCACCUGGGUCUCAAUCCGUCUGUACCCUGAAAGGGUUUGACUCCUUCUGUAUUUGCAGUUUUUGAUGUUGUGUUCUUACUAUGUGGUA